CAACACUGCGGCUUUCCAUUCUUCGGACACUGGCUCAUACAUCUCAUCAUCAGCGCCAGUAUGCCUCACGCAGCCCCAUCUCGCGAAGCGCCUACCACAAACACCGAUCUCUCUGCUGGGGCCGAGCUGCGACUUGGAGAGUAUGCCGACGAACCCACCCUGAACACCUCCGAAGCACGAAUCAUCCUACUCAAGACACUGUCGACACGCGCCGCGCGAGGACUACACUACGAAGAGACCGAGACGACGACCAAGACCCGCGACUACCUGGAGAUCUUUGCCGUCUUCAAAGAACUAGCCGAGGCGCAACAGGUGGAAGGAAUCAUCGAUUCAUAUGGCAAAGGGCUAGAGCGGUUCGAGAAGAGUCAAUUGGGAAGUCUGGUGCCGACCAGCGCAGAAGAGGCAAAGGCUUUGAUCCCCAGUCUGGAGCGCAAGGUCGAGAAUGGUACUCUCUCUGACGAGGAGUUGGAGGGCAUUUGCAGAGAAUUGCAGCGGUUGAAGAGACAGGCUCAACUUUGAUUUGCUUUUGGGUCCUGUGUAAGCUAGACGCAGCUUCUCACAAGUCUCACUGCAUCGGCAUCAUCUCUCGCGCUUUAUUGUUCUUCACUCGACUGUGAGAGAGGUCCUUUUGGGCAGAAGACUCUCUGUACUAUACCCUCGAUCAUCCUCUAUCCGGCAAACCUGGACUUGGACCGUGGACCUUCUACAACAAUGUCAGAGAUGUCCAUCAAUCAAUCGUUCUCCUCUUCCGGAAUCGAGAUCUCUGUGCCGACUCGAAGAUCAGUCCUCAUGUUGGGCUCGUCAUCAAAGGCAAUCUUCAGGUCAGACUCUGGUACUUUUCUAGUUGAUGAAACUAGAUUCGCAUAGCCAGAGGUCGACUUGAUCUUUGUCUAUCUGGCAGACAUGCCACCAUGAAUCAAUGUUAGCGAUGAAUUCAGAAAAACGCAGUAAAUACUGCAAAAUGAUACCCAUUGAAAGAAUUCAUUCA